AUGGCGGCGAUGCGAUUGGCGUGGGAGAAAGAAACGCCGCGGAGCACUCUUGAGGCUUACGAGAAAGCUGCUCGGUCGGCCGCCGACAGUCAUUUGCCUCUCAUACAGCGCCCGAUGGAAUCAAAAAACCAAAGAAAACUAGUUUUGAAGUUUUGCAAAUUUUUAGUAGGAUUGAUAAGACCAAUAUGUUCAAGAACGGCUUUUGAAUGCGAUUAAAUGUAGAGAGAAACCAGUGGAUGUUUUCGAAUAUUAAUAGCCUGUGUCGGUUGUGCAACGCUCAAAACAAUGUAUACUUGGACGUUGGAGGUGCAUGCGAAUAGGUAAUUCCAAAACAAACGGCUAUUUAUAUUUGCGUAACCAAAACAUCUGAAGUGUCUCGAUCCUUUUCGCUUUCCAGCCCUGCAUUUUCCUGAACGAAAAAUUAGGAAAAAUGCCAAAAAGAUGGCUAGACUCAUUUUUUUUAAAAUUUACUUUUAAAAAUUUUUUUAAUAAAAAAUAUGUGUCAACUUUUUUCCAUUAUCUUUCGGAAGCUGGGAUUGUAGCAUGUUAUGUAAUACCUAUUCACCUUCCAUCCAAAAAAAAUUCGAACAGGGAGCGAUAUCAAAUCAGAGUUGACCUCAUACCUCGCCUCGCGACCAGCGUCCUCCGGGAACGGCUUGAUCGAGCGUCUGCGUGGACGGUGGCAGCACUUGGUCGAUGCAGAUUGA